GGGUGACUUUGUUCCUUAUCUGGACCCUAUGACAGUAUGUUUAUACAUGAUGAUAUCUGCUCUCCAGGGGCUUAUAUAACUGGCAGUUCUAGGGGUGAAUUUACUUUUGUCACAUUAGGACAUGGGGGCCCUCAGUUUUUACCUGUUGCUGUUCUGCAUUCUUGCUGUUGCCAACGGCAGCACCCCAGAUUGUGUUGGAGAGAAAGAAGGGAUACCGAGUAAUCAUACACAGAUAUCUGGAUUAUGGAACUUGAUUGCAUUAUCUCUGUGUCCAUCUUUUUCAUUUACAAUUGAUUAUGUAACGUAUACGUACGCAAACAUAUCGUUUACAGAAAAAGAUGGGCAUUUUCUCGUCUUCUUUGAUCCAUUGACAGAAUUUCAGGGGGUUGACUUCUACUAUGAGAGAAUACCGGGAACACCACAUUAUAAGUAUGUAACUAAAGAAGUGGAAAGCAUUGUCAGGUUUGCCCAGACCCAGCCAGACAGUAUGAUUAGCUAUGAAAAAAUCAAUGGUACAUUGUGUGGGGCAUUUUUGCACAGUAAAGGAGCAUCCCUUCCAGAAGAUGAAAUAGAGAAGUUUAAAGAGUGGAGCAAAUGCAAUGGUUUCGAUCGAGUCAAGGUUUUGAAGCCUUCGAUCAGUUAUGCUCAAGUAUGUCAUGGCCACUUUGAAAUUUCAGAAAACUUAAAGGAACUUAAGGAUACAGAAACUUGGAGUCUCAUUGCCAAAGCUUCUACCUACCCUGAUCAUCAUUAUCAUAUCAGGCUUUUAUACUCCGCAAAACUAGAGAUAAGCAAAAAAGGAAAGGAAUAUACAGUGAGAGAGAUCCAGAUUGUGUCGGUGGUGGAGAAGACCUUGAUGGAGUUGAAAUAUGAGGAAGGAGUAACAAGAAGUACGAUAAAACUGCUUGAAUUUAAGACUGGGGAGAAUAUGCUUCUCCUGGGAGUCCAAAGCGAGGCAGGAAGAACGUUAUAUCUAGCUUCUAAAACACCUACAGUAAACCAGUCUUACCUGGAAGAAUUUGAUGUGCAUGCUAAGUGUUUUCAAGGAAACUAUACUUAUUUUAUUUCUGGGCGUAAAGAAGAAGACACUGAUGAAUCUGAAAUUUGUACUAAAAUCCAGAAAGAAGUGACACCCAUAACUCUGAAAGAGUUCCUAGGAAAAUGGAGUUUGACGACUUCUGCGGAUGGGAAGACCAACAGCUCACUUGUUGACGUUUCAGUUGCAUCUGGUUGGAUGGAAUUUAAUUUUGUAAAUGACAAACCGCAUCUAUCCUACGUAUCAAUAAACGAGGUGGGUGUGCAGAAAGUAGAGCUGGAAAACAUUGAAGCUGAAGAAACGGAUGGACAUUUAAUAUUCAAAGAUCCCCAGACGGAAUUGAAGAGCAUAAUAUAUGGUUUUGGGCCAAACUGUGUCAUUUCCUCUGAUCUGCUAAAGAAAUCUCCAGAGGGAACCCUUCUACUUUUCUGUCGGGAAAAUGCCAAUUCCAGUGUUGCAACAGAGAACUUUUCACGUUAUUCUACCUGUCAAAAUCUGAAGCAGAUCAAUGAACAAAAACAUACUUCUACAGAGUGAAAACUACAGAAACAUUCUGUAACAGACACGUACAAGACCUGAAUAAAGGAUAUCAUUGUUACUAUA